AUGCGAAUUAACGUCCCGUAUAACCGCGCAGGGACGAGUUAUUUGGAGCUUCUCCCGCGCGUCGCGCAGGGGCUACUUCGCGUGUUUGCGAUUUUACCCAACGCCCUGCCCUCGCAGACGUCUUUGGAGGACAAAAAGGUCCCAUUCGCGAUGGAAAACUCCACCUCAUCCCACGAUCGCCCCCCUUCCUGUGGGAUCGACCCCCUGGGGUUGCUCCGGCGAUUCCUAACCCAACUUUCCCAAACCGGAAGGCCCAUCAUGUCGACCGAGCGGCCCGCCAACGCGGCCCCCAAAACGCACGACGUCCAGACCGCAGUGGAUCUUAUCAACGGCCUGCUCAAGCCCCUUCCUGGGGUGAACCCGAUGGUUUGGCAUUCCGCGGAGGAGAGUUUGGCCAAAAUCAGCCGCACCGCGUCGUCCCCGCCGGCGGGGCCGUCGAGUACUUCCUCGACGGUGGGCGAAGUUCUCGAGGAGGCCUUCGACGCCCUGCCCAUGCAGUGCACGCGGCUGUUGUUGUGUGCGCAAUCGGGCUGGUUAUUACCCCCGCCCGCCUCCCUCCAAAAGUUUCUGAAGCCCUCGGCCACGGAGGCCCACAAGGAGAACCAUUCCCAUCCCAUUACCAUGACGCCUCAUACCACCAAUAACCCCACCCAUCUGACUCCCAAUCCCAGUUAUGGGGGCCUUCAUGAGGAAGAUAAGCCCCCGCCGGAGGGUUUUACACCCCCUCCGCCUGAGGCGACCCCGGCGGAGCUGCGGCUCUUCCAGCGCCUCCACCGCGACGGCGUCUGCAAUCACGCGCACAGCAAUCUCAGCGAGGGGGUUCUUCUGACCCUCCCCGCCGCCAUCCCGCGGCUCCAUCGCGAGGUCGAGCAGGAGCUCGAAAAAUAUCUCUGGGAGGACCCCGCAGCGCUGAUGGGGGACGCCCCGCCGGCCCAAAGCCUCACGGCGGAGAUCCGCAUCGCGUAUUCGCAAAACAUCGUCCUCACGCGGCUGCUGUCAAAGCUGGCAAACUUGGAGGACACGAUCACCCGCCUCCACGCCGACGCGCAGCUCGCGCUUCGUCGAGUUCGCGGAGACCAAAACAGCGGCCCAUAA